AUGGCGCCAGAUAGGGGUGCUCCGUCGUUCGAGGCGUCACGCGAGGACGACGCCAUGCUCGAUGGCGAGGAUGGACUCGAGCACGAGACCAGCCGAAGCAUUGCACAGGAACCAGUUGGCCAGGAGCCGGACGCAACAUUUUUGGCGAAGAAGAGCGAGGAAUCCCAAUUUACAUUAAGAGCACUGCUCAUGGGGACUGUCAUCGGGAUCUUGAUCGCUUUUUCCAACACAUAUUUCGGCCUACAGACGGGAUGGAUCUCAGGCAUGGCCAUGCCCAGUGCGCUUAUUGGAUUCGCAUACUUCAAAGGCCUUCGCUCGUUUGCGCACCACAUGGGAGGUCCAAUGAAGAGAUGGGGACUUGGAGAAGGGUUUAGUGAGGUUGAGAACGUCCUGGUUCAGACAGUGGCAGGAUCAGUCGGGACAAUGCCCUUGGGAUGCGGCUUCGUGGGUGUAAUACCCGCGCUCGAGUUUCUGCUCAAGCCGUCAGAGACCCCAGAGAGCAACUCUACAGAUCCACAGAUCGUCUCCGUCUUGGCCGAAGGACGGAAGCAUGGAAGCAUUCAUCUGCCUCUUGAGAAGUUGAUCCUCUGGGCUCUGGGGUUGUGUUUCUUCGGGGUCGUCUUUGCAGUGCCAUUGCGAAAGGAGGUCAUCAUACGCGAGAAGCUAAAGUUUCCCUCAGGGACGGCAACAGCGCUUAUGAUCGGCGUCCUGCACGGUGGCACCAAGACUGGUGCCGAAGGUAACAUUGAGCAGCACGCGGCUCGACAGCGAAAACAACCUAACACGGGAAACGACGAAGAAAGUCGAGGUCUGUUGUCAGAUGCGUCUCCCGCUGCAGGACAAACUGAAUGGCCUGAAGAGGAGCCUCUCACAAGACGAGAUAGUAGUAGUGAGGAAGCCAAGAAGGAUUGGAGGAAGCAGAUCCGUCUGCUCACAAUCUCUUUCGGCAUAUCAGGAGGAUAUACCCUCGUAUCGUACUUUUUGCCACAGCUCCAUUCGAUUCCCUUUCUUGGCCUCUAUAUGUCGAAGACGUGGGUCUGGAGUCUCAAUCCCAGCCCAGCUUAUGUCGGUCAAGGCAUCAUCAUGGGUCCAGCAACCACCAUCCACAUGUUUCUGGGCGCGCUUCUGGGAUGGGCGGUCCUCUCACCUAUUGCGAAGAGUGAGGGCUGGGCUCCUGGACCUGUGUCGGAUUGGAACACUGGAUCCAAGGGCUGGAUCGUGUGGGUCAGUCUGGCAAUAAUGUUGGCGGAUGCCAUUGUCAGCCUUGGCUGGUUGAUCUUGCGGCCUACCAUCUACUACACCCGCGAAUACGGUCCAGACGUCGUCCAUCAAAUGAGGCAAAAGGGCCUCGGACGAUAUCUUAAAGACAUUACUCGACCAGUCAUGCGUGGCUAUAGUCCUGUCAACCUGGACGAGCCCGAGCGCACAACCUCCCUCUCAAAGUCCAAAUCGCAUUCCAUCGACGACCAACCCGAGUACGACGCACCCCCGGAACACCAGAUCGGCCUGAAAACGACACUCGUCGGCUUCGUUCUCACCCUCGUCUUCUGCAUCUUCGCCGUCCAAUACUCCUUCGCCGGAAUCAUCAACCUCGGCCUGACAAUCUUCGCCCUCCUCCUCGCCAUGCUCCUCAGCAUAAUGGGCGUCCGCGCCCUGGGCGAAACAGACCUCAACCCCGUCUCGGGCAUCUCCAAACUAACCCAACUCAUCUUCGCCGCCGUCGUCCCCUCCCACAGCCCCAACGCCAUCACCAUCAACCUCAUCGCCGGAGGGAUCAGCGAAGCCGGCGCCCUCCAAGCCGGCGACCUCCUCCAAGACCUCAAAUGCGGCCACCUCCUCGGCGCGAGCCCCAAAGCCCAAUUCUGGGGCCAACUCAUCGGCUCCGCCAUCGGCGCCGUCGUCAGCGCCUGCGUCUACCGCCUCUACACCACCGUCUACAAAAUCCCCGGCGGCCUCUUCCAGGUCCCCACGGGCUUCGUCUGGGUCUUCACGGCCCGCCUCGUCACCGGCCAAGGCCUUCCCCCUAAAACCGCAGAAUUCGCCGCCGCGGCCGCCAUCCUCUGGGCGCUGCUCACCGCGCUGAGGAUCUACGGGAAUAGCAGGAAGGCGAGCUGGACGCCGUAUAUUCCGGGUGGAAUUGCGGUCGCGGUGGGGAUGUAUAAUACGCCGAGUUUUACGUUGGCGCGGACGGUGGGCGGGGUGAUGGCGUGGUGGUGGAUUCGGUGGAAGAGGAGGGAGGAGACGCCGAUGAUUGUUUUGGCGAGCGGGUUGAUUCUGGGGGAGGGGUUGUUGAGUAUUGUGAAUUUGGGGUUGGCGAGUGCGCAGGUGCCGCAUUUGUGA